AAUAUUUGUGAUAGCACUACGAACUGAGUUUCGACACAUUUUCAUGUGUAAUUAGACAAUUGGGUUUGAAGCAAUUCUUUUGCAUAAAGAUUUUUCUACCUAGCUCCUACUUACAAGGUGACAAGUUCAAUAUGCAAAUUUUCGUAAAAACCCUUACGGGUAAGACUAUUACCCUAGAAGUUGAAUCUUCGGAUUCAAUUGAAAAUGUUAAAGCAAAAAUUCAAGAUAAAGAGGGGAUCCCACCUGACCAACAACGUUUGAUUUUUGCUGGCAAGCAGCUUGAAGAUGGACGUACACUUUCAGACUACAACAUUCAAAAAGAAUCAACAUUGCAUUUGGUAUUGCGUCUCCGAGGUGGUGUCAUUGAACCUACCUUACGUUUGUUGGCUCAAAAGUACAAUUGUGACAAGAUGAUCUGUCGUAAAUGUUAUGCACGUCUUCAUCCGAGAGCAACUAAUUGCCGUAAAAAGAAAUGCGGACAUACCAACAAUUUGCGCCCAAAAAAGAAGUUGAAGUAAAUGUUUUUCCUUAUAUACUGGGGAAAAUUACACACUUCCUUGGUCUUACAUUUUUUUCAUUCAAAUGUUGAUAUUUUAUGAAUAAAAAGUAACAACAAAGAAA